AACUUUAUUAUCUACUUGUUGUUUUUUUAAUUGUACAAAUUUCAAAUAAGCUUAACGUUUAAUGUUUCGACUGCAGUUUAUAGCAAAUACAAAAUUUUAAAAUAAAGUAAAAUGGCGUUCAACUUUAGCGCUUUGCAGUACGAGCGUACCUAUCGCGCCAAGAGCAACGCUAACUGGGAGUAUCCGCGCUUCUCGCCGCCACGCCCACGUUCGCUGGCCAGCAACUGCAAGCCCAUAACUGAUAACCAGGGACAUCUGUUGCCCAAGGCACCGCGUGAGGGUCACUUCUUGGGUCAUUAUCGUGGCACUUACCACUUGCCGCUGCGCAUCACGCGCAGCUUUGCCAACGCCUACGAUGCCUGCCUGAGUGGACGCUACAAAUAUCGCGACUUUCCGCGAGAUCUCUGCUGCUGCCAGUGGGAGCGACACAAGCAGACCAAGUGCGAUUGGCGCACUACGCUCGGCAAGAAAGGCGAUCCCUACUGGGAGCGUCCCAAGUGCCAGGAGAAGUGCGAGGGCCUGCAGCAGCUGCUCAAAAUCGAGCAUCUGCAUAAGCACUGCAAGCAUCAGAAGUGUUUGCCCAAAGCAAAUGAGAAACUAAUACCGCUGGUGGCUGACACAUCCUUGCGGAAUCGCAAGCGUUUACGCAAGCGUCCGGUGACUGCCUUUGAAUAUAAUCGCGCCAAUCGCGGCUUUGGCACUGGCACCGUUAUCAAGGAGCCGCAGACUGCCAAUUCGGACAAGGAUAAGUCCGAUAAAUCAGACACAAAGUCUACCAAGGAGUCAAAGUCCACAGCCAAGUCACCUACAAAGGCGCCAUCCAAGACAAAGAGCAAGUAGAGCUGAAGCUAGCAAGUUAUU